CACAAAUAGACAGGGACAGGAUUGUGGACACCUGGUUCGACAUUGGAUCCCUACAGUAGAAGUGGCUCAGAGGACUGUCUCAAUACAGGAUGGGAACCAAUCCAACAAGGACAGUGACAGUCCAAAUGGUCCCUCAUCUGGCUGGAGUGGAAGCUCUGGGAAACCAGGAGUCUAACGCCAACUGGGCUAAAGAACCUAACCUGAACCUCACCCAGGGUUGCCCUGCCCCCACCACUACCACUACCCCUGUCCCUACAGAACACACACAGGUUAACCUGUGUCUGACAACCCCCAACACAACCUCCAGGAUCCAAUCAACUGGCCAUGGACAACCGGUUGGCGGCGGGGUGGGGUCCAACACCAACACACCUUUCUCGACCAAUGGCGACGGAGGGAAAUCGCCAUCGGAGCAUGUGAUUGGAAUAGAGCAGCAGAUGGUAUUGACAUGCCGAGGAGGUGUGAGUGUAACCGAGGCGACGGCAGAGGGCAGUAGGGACAGCAACGCCAAUUUGACAGCGUUAACCCCCACAGCCGCCGCCGAGGAGAAGGAGAAGCAUAUCUGUAAAGCAAGCCUGUCGUCCGCCAUUACAUCAUCAAAGGUUGACGUGCAUACAAAUUACUGCAGAGAGAAAGAGCCUGGUGGAGCAGGGGCGGGGGAGGGGUGUGCAGCCAAGCCCUCGCCAGAGCCCACAGCAGUACAGAGUGCUACAGUCAGAGUUUCUGCAGUAGCUAAAGAGGAGUCACUACUAGAAGGGGACAACAAAAACGCAACCACACCAAAUCAACAUCCCCCUCAGACCUGUGAUCCAAAGCAUACCUCGGCCUCUGAAGUGCUGACGUCUCUGACGACUCCCAAACAAGGUAAGGCAGAGGGAGCUGCAGUGACUUCAAACAAGGUUGCUCCACCUCCUUACAAAUCAAAAGAGGCUGAUAAUAGUGCUACAACACAGAGUCUCUCACCUUUACCUAGCCCCGCCACCGCCACCAACCCUACUCCACCAGAACGUCCUCUACAGGCCUCUAAAGAAAAUAGGCCCAAGCCAAACUCUCAGGACCCUCCUUCCCAAAUGGAAUAUAAUAAAACGGCAGCUACAUCGCAGCCGGAACAGACCAAGGAGACUGCAGUAGCUCCUGUCAAUGCUGCCGUCACCAUCACGCCUCCAUCAUCAGACAGCAAGGAGAACGUAGGGCUUAGGAAUAAGGCCUCAAGUCCGGCACCUCCCGAGAAGAAGGAUUUAAAUCCUACUCCAGUAGCAAAGACAGAGAUCUGCUUAGAUAAACACCUGCAGGCGGCAUCGUCAGAGUCUUCAUCACAGAAGGAUUCUCCCUCGUCACCCAACGAGGCCCAACAGAACCAACAGCCGGAGGCCCAACAGAGCCAGAACCAACAGCCUGAGGCCCAACAGGGCCAGAAGCAACAGCCUGAGGCCCAACAGGGCCAGAACCAACAGCCUGAGGCCCAACAGGGCCAGAACCAACAGCCUGAGGCCCAACAGGGCCAGAACCAGCAGCCUGCCCACCAUGCAGCACAGGUGACAGAUGAAGCCGUCCAGACUGCCUUGGUCUCGGAGGAGAUGCAACAGAAAGCCCACUGCAAACUAUACCGGGAGGCCUCCACCAUGACCCGCACCCCCAUCGCCACCCCCACCGCCACCCCCACCCAUAGCAAGCAGGGCCAAGACGUGGAGGUCCAGGCAGUGGCUGACGUGUGCAGCCGGGCGGUCUCCACCAGCCCCAGCCUGUUUCCUCUGCCCCCGCCCUACAGGUCCACUGACAGAGGUGCUGCCCUGAGGGAGGAAGCAGCAGCUGAGAGCCUGUCUGUGGUCUACCAGGUGCCCCUCCACCAGAUUCACAUGGGCAGCAGUCCAUCCUGCCCCCCGCCACCUAACUACACCGCAGGUCUCAGGUCCGGGUCAGAGCGAUUGACCCUGGAGGCGGGGUUAUGCUCCAGUCAGAGUGCCGGGGUGGUGCUCCAUGCAGAGGAGGCGGUGGCGGCCCUCCAUGCAGAGGUCGCCAGGCUGGGGGCCAAGCCUAAAGAUCUGGCAGUCGGGGGGGCAGCAGCGCUAUGCAACAUCCAGCAGAGAGGAGCACUCCCGCCUCUGCAGCCCGUCUACCAGAUCAACAUCGAGCCGAGCGGCGGCCAAAAUGAGCCGGUAGCUAAAGCGAAUCAUCACCAGCAUCGAGGCGAGAAGGCAGUGGCAGACUCCCAAUCCAAACCCAAUGCAGCAGAGAAACCAAAGGUGUCUAAUGAAGCGCAGACCGUGCCAACGCAGCCUGCCAAGCCUCCCUCUGCUAAAGCUCCAUCCCCCUUGUCGCCAACUGCCGCAAGCAAGACCAAAUCCUCCGACAAUAAGGCUGCUCCUCCUCCUUCGCAGUCAACUCCUUCCGUUACCAAGCCCAGCCAGGCCUCAACGACAACCUCCAAAAAAGCAGAGGACGCUAAACCCAAGACUGCAGUGAAAGCAGCGAAGCAGAGCAUUGUUAAGGGGGUUGGGGGCGUUAAGGCUUUGUUGGGCAAGAAGAAGCAGGAGCAGCUGGAGCCGGAGAGGAAGGAAAAGGAGGACGAAAACGAGGAGGGGAAACAGAAAGGAGAGAAGAGCGUGCACGAUGUGCUGUGGGACGAGCAGGGGAUGACCUGGGAGGUGUACGGAGCAUCCGUUGACCCCGAGUCCCUUGGCUUUGCCAUUCAGAGCCACCUGCAGUGUAAGAUCAAAGAACAAGAGAAGAAGGUCGUGACCCAGUCAUCACUCAGGAAGUCCAUCUCAGUGCCGCCGGUGGUGCCCGACUCGCCCGCCACCGUUGCCGUGGACGACGCCAACAGCAGGAAAAACAAGAGGAGGCAGCAGAACGUUUUCAGGUCCAUGCUGAAAAAUGUCAGACGGCCCAAGUGCUGCGCGCACCCUCCCCCUACCGCCGUGCUGGAGUGAGAAGGAGAAGCAGCGGGCUGUAUGCAGCCCACACCCUCCCCCUACCGCCGUGCUGGAGUGAGAAGGAGAAGCAGGGGGCUGUAUGCAGCCCACACCCUCCCCCUACCGCCGUGCUGGAGUGAGAAGGAGA